GGCUGGCGAGGCUGCCCUUUCGGCCCGAGGGGGCGCCCGGCGCGGUCCUUCCUGCCCGGCCGCCCGGAGUCCCCUGCCGCCCCCCAGCAUGCUGCCCUCGCCGGGCCUGGGCGGGCUGCUGCUGCUGCUGCUGGCGCUGCUGCCGCCGGGCGGCGGGCGGCGGGCGGCGUGCGCCCCGGGGCCGGCGCCGGAGCCCUUCGACGCGCUCUACGCGGCCGGCGUGGAGGCGCACUCGCGGCGGGACUUCGCGGGCGCCGUGCGCUGCCUGGAGCGGGCGCUGAGCGCCGAGCGCCGCCUGCGGGAGGCGCGCCUGGCCUGCGGGCUGCGCUGCCGCCGGGAGGCGCCCCUGCGCCCGCCCCGCGCCGCCGCCGCCGCCGCGCUGCUCCGCCGGGCCCGCUGCCUGCGCUCCUGCCGCCACGCCGCCCGCCUCGGGCCCGCCUCGCUGCACGCCGCCGGCCAGGAGGUGCGCGCCGACUUCCAGCGCCGCCUGCCCUACAGCUACCUCCAGCGCGCCUACAUCCAGUUAAACCAACUGGAUAAAGCAGCAGAUGCCGCGCACACGUUCUUUUUGGCGAACCCGGAGCACAUGGAGGUGCAGCAAGACCUUGAAAACUACAAGACCAAGGCAGGAAAGGUCAAUCUGGUUGAUCGAGAAGCCAGUCAGCACAUGGAAGAUUAUCUUGCCGGAGUGAGGCAUUACGACCAAGAGGAAUACCACCAGGCCAUCCACUUCUUGGAGCGAGCGCUGAGUGGGUACAGCACCGCUGACGUGGAGUGCCGCAUCUUGUGUGAAGGCCCACAGCGGUUUGAAGAGUAUGAGUAUCUGGACUAUAAAGUCACCCUCUACGAAGCAAUUGCAGAUCACUACAUGCAAGUCCUUGCGUGUCAACAUGAGUGUGUGAGGGAGCUGGCAACGCGGCCCGGACGGCUCUCCCCCAUCGACAACUACCUUCCCCUCCAUUACGAUUUCUUGCAGUUCGCCUAUUACAGAGUUGGCAAUUACGUGCAGGCUUUGGAGUGUGCCAGGUCGUACCUUCUCUUCCACCCGAACGAUGAAGAUGUCUUAGACAACGAAAGCUACUAUGAAAGCCUCUUGGAAGAGUCUGUGGACCUGGCAAGCAUCAAGCCCAGAGAGUACGCUGUGAUGUUCCUACGGCGACAUAAACUGGAAGCACACUUGUUGCAGACGGCAGCUGCUGGCCUGGGAUUCUCUUACACGGAGCCGAGCUACUGGAGCAUCUCUGGGGCUCGGCAGGAUGAACACAGAAUUCCUUCAGGAGUCCACAGCGACCAAUUGAAUGGCACCGGGCGGCCCCUGGGAAAGAAGACUUUGCAGAAAGAGGACCGUGAGCUGAGGGAAGGGGGUCCCCUGCUCUACAGCGACGUGGAACUUGUCUAUAACUCAGAGCAGCUGAAUGGGACCCAAAGAGUGCUGCUGGACAACGUGAUCUCGGAGAAGGAAUGCCGGGAGUUGCAUCAAAUCGCCCAUGAUAUUAUACUGGCUGGUGACGGGUACAGAGGGAAAACCUCGCCUCACACCCCCAAUGAACGCUUCGAAGGGGCCACCGUCCUCAAGGCUCUCAAGUUUGGAUAUGAGGGGCGUGUCCCUCUGAGGAGCGCCCGCCUCUUCUAUGACAUCAGCGAGAAAGCCCGCAAGAUCGUGGAAUCCUACUUCAUGCUUAAUUCCACCCUCUAUUUCUCGUACACACACCUGGUGUGUCGAACCGCCCUGGCAGGCCAACAGGACAAGAGGAAUGACCUCAGCCACCCCAUCCACGCUGACAACUGCCUUCUGGAUCCCGAAGCCAACGAAUGCUGGAAAGAGCCCCCGGCGUACACCUUCCGCGACUACAGCGCUCUCCUCUACAUGAACAGUGAUUUCGAAGGGGGCGAAUUCAUCUUUACUGAAAUGGAUGCUAAGACCGUGACGGCCUCCGUAAAGCCAAAGUGUGGACGAAUGAUCAGUUUUUCAUCGGGUGGGGAGAACCCUCAUGGCGUAAAAGCAGUCACCAAGGGACAGCGGUGCGCAGUCGCUCUGUGGUUUACCCUAAACCCACUUUACCGGGAAUUGGAGCGGAUCCAAGCCGACGAAGUCAUCGCCGCGUUAAACCAGGAGCAUCUUGGACCCAGUGAACUCGGUAUCAACCCCAAGGAUGAGCUAUGAGCCAGCCCCAAGGACACACAAUUAAAAAAAAUAUUUAUUUAAUAUUUGUUUUAAAAUCUUAUCAGAACCCUUUAUUUUUGUACAAAGUCUCGGAAUAAGUUAAUGGACAAGUUUAACAGGGGAAAGCGGUGGGAUUCCUGUGCAAUUAAACCCUCCUCCUGGGUGGCCACAGCUCUCCGUUCACACCGUUUUUCCGGGCAGUCCUCCAGAGUCUUCCGUGGAGAUUCUCCGGCCCUUUUCUGGAUCCCCCUUCUAGCUUGCAGCCCAUUUGCAACUUCUCUGCCUGGUGCUUCCAUCCUCAAAUGAUUCCCCCCUGCCCCCCGCUCUAAGCUGGCUCCUCAGCCUCCGAACUCCGCGCUUCUAAUCCCAAACGGUUCUGGCUCCUUCCUGGUGAUGUACUUCUGUGCAUCUGUCGCUUUCAGGUGUGCCAGGUCUGAGCCCCCUGGUAUCAAAAAUGGUUCUGGGGCCAACUUCCUGUGGAUCCCACAGUUAGAGGCAUGCAUUUGGUCACUUAUGACGCCCGGCCUCUCUGCAGUUGAAGCCUGGGCCUUUGUAGAACAGGCAACGAAAUCCCGUUGAGUUCUGCAUGCAAAUUCGGCUCUCUCGAACAAUUUUCAGUGUCAGCCUUGUCUUGAAUUAAUCUGGCUCUGAAUUUCUGCUCUGCCUGUGAAGAGUGGAAACUGGAAUAUGGGCUGAUGGUUAAAAAGGCCAUGUUGCAAUUGACAAAUGGCCCUUUUUGAGAACCAGUUUGGUGUAGUGGUUAAGAGCACGGGACUCUAAUCUGGAGAGCUGGGUUUGAUUCCCCACUCCUCCGCUUGAAGCCAGCUGGGUGACCUUGGGUCAGUCACAGCUCUCUCUGAGCCCCACCCACCUCAUAGGGUGUUUGUUGUUGUGGGGAUAAUAAUAGCAUACUUUGUAAACUGCUCUGAGUGGGUGUUAAGUUGUCCUGAAGGGCAGUAUAUAAAUCGAAUGUUAUUAUUUUGACCCAGCACUCAGUGUAUGGUCAGAAGUCUUGGCUGCCUCUGCGUGUGAAACAACUUACUGAUCGUCAUUCCUCCAGCCUUUACCUUCAUCAUCUGGUACUCCAAUAUGCUGCCUCUAAACACGGGCCUGCCGUGACUGUAUCUCAUGGUCUUGUAAAGCCAGCCCUGCUGCGGGCCUGCCUAUCAUCCUGCGGCAAGGAGUUCCAGAAGUUAAUUGUGUGCUGAAUCAAGAAGCAUUGUAUUGCCUUCCUCUUGACCUUCACUGGAUGAUGAUCCAAAAUCCCUCUGCAGUGGUUUUCCAGUGGGAACUGGGGGCAUUACUCUCUAUGGGGGUGUAAUACCCCCAUUACACAGGGAAUUAAAUCCCCUGUGAGCUUCUGAUGCUGCAGCAUUGAGGAAUUGAAAGCCAAAUUGGGCUUGGCCAGUUCUUGGCUGGGGACCACUGGGAGCUCCUUUUGUGCUGGGGUUUGUAAGGUAAAGAAAGAUAUAGAUCAGUCAUUGAUUUUAAUAAUAAUUCCAUAGUUGGGAUUCUGCUGCAAUGCUGCCAAGACCUCGCACUUUGCUGGAGCAACUGAGCCCGGCUCCCUUUCUUCAACAAGUCGGAGACCUUGGUGCACAGGGAGCCGAGGAGUCCCUCGCCUUACUGAAGGAGUGCCAACUAACAGCUCAUGGGGGUGACGCACUGGAGAAAGUAUGGGGUGAGGAAUCGGAAAGUGCUCAAGGACGGUACAAGGUCUUCCCCAGAAGCCACGAGACCUUUGGAGAGGAAAAUCCAAAUGGCAGACCUGCAUGGCAAUCAACACAGGCUGCAGUCCGCCAGGACCGCUCCCUGUGCACGUCUCACUGCGUUUUUCCAGAGUGCACAUUUAUUUCAGUGGGAAUUGCUCAGGAGAACAUCCCAUGGGAUCAUCUCUUUCCAUCUCCGAGCACAGACGUGCAGCGAACGCCUGUCCUUAAUCUCUCCGGCCUCUCAAAGUCAGCGGCCGGGCAGGUCUGUAACAACCUGUGCACCUCCCCAGCGUCUUCAGAAUGAGUCUGUUCCAGGCAUAGUAAGUAACCAGAGGUUUACCUGCCACCAGGAAACUGAAGGGGACUUAAUGUUGUAUCCAACCCCAGGAGGAAUAAAAAGGAAACUG